CUGGGGUAACUUGGUUGGGCCAGAGACUCCGUCUGGAGAAAAAAGGUUUUGCAAUAAUGAGUCAGAUGAGGUUUCACGUACAGACAUCUCUUGUGUGAUAAUAAUUGAAGAGUGCGUGGGGAGUGGCACAGUGUUUGGAGUGGCAUGAGAGCAGAGAUCCUGCGGUGAGGACAGGAGAAAGCGGCAGUGCAGAGUUUGAAGCAGACUUUCGCCCUCAGAUCACUCAUGGCGUAUGCAGCAUGGUGGAAUCAAGUCGUGAGUACAUCUGCUUCCUUUAAGUCCCUCUCUCCCCUCUUUUCCCCCUCUGGCAGUGAAUUUAGUUUGGCACAGGCAGAGACGCUGUUUUAGUUCUGUAAGCCUGACUCAUCUGGAGGUAUUAAAGCCCUGCUGAAAGACUGCUGUCUAAAAGUUGGCAUAGGCUGCACAAGAUAUCAUUGAAUUCAAAUAAAUAAUCGUAAGAGCUUUGCACAUAUUCUGUCACACACUCACUGUGUUUGCAUUUGUGGGUGUGUGACUGCUCAAACUUAGAGGCUUGUUACAGUAGUGUUCCAAGUUAGGAUUAAAUAGUAAAACAUAUUUCAAGAUGAGAUGAUGGUUUAAAGCCUUUUUUUCUUAUUUUGUCUUUUAUUGUUUGAAUGAAAAGUAUUUCUUUUCUUUAUAAAUACCUUUUUUAGGAUUAUUUUUGAGUUAAGUGUAGAAACAUUUGUCCUAUGAUUUUCUAAAUCAUGAGUACACAGGAUGAAAAAACAUGUGUAUGAGACUUUUCCCUCAGAUGUUAAAUGGAUAAAUAAACUACCAACACAAUAGGCUGAAGUCACUGCAUCCUGGCCAGACAUUGUUUUGAAUUCACUGCCAGAAACUCAUUCAUCCCUGAAAACUCUUGCACCAAAAUAACAAGCUGGUUUUUGUGUGUGUUUGUAUAGAAAGGAGGAGAUGAUCCUCCCUCACCUCCAGUCCCUACAGGUAGCAGGUUCCCAGCCUCCCUUUACACUCCGAGGUCCUUCUAUGGCAAGGUACGGACUUCACCUCCUGCUACUGAAUGAUAGAUAAAAAGGAUAAUUUUGGUCUUAUUGUGCAUCAGAAACUCGUGUAGUUGAUGAAAUUAGUAUUUUCAAGUGGUUGGACAUCUUUGCAGAGCUAUUGGGACUGUAACUGUAUGACUAAUAUAAAAUUAUUGGAGCAAAAAUGUCAGUAGUUGCUGCAAAGUUGCAUUACCUUUCAUCAGUGCGUAUUGUUGGACAAAACUACAGAUGCUUGUACCGUAAGGAGAGGAAGCCCCCAUUGUGUGUGCUUGUGUGUAUUUGUCUCCCUCUGGUGAGUGCAGCAGUGCUCCAGAGCUGUGAGACUGGAAAUGCUGAUUCCUCAGAUAAGAGCAGCUUGUGAGUAAACUGGCUGUCUGGGAAAGUAUCUGACCUAGUUUACAUUCCCUAUUUUACCCCUGUCGUCAAAUAUCAAAACAUCUAUGACCUUGUAAUUUCAAACUACGAUCAACAUGCAAAGUUAAGUUUAAACCCCAUUAGUUUACCGUUUUCUCUUCGUGCACUUGGAAAAUGAGUCUUCACUCUGACUUUGAACUUAAAGUGCCUUAUAGUAAUUUUUUUAAUUUCCUGUCUUUUCAUAACCUCAAAGAUCGCAAAAUCUUGUUAGUUAUUCAUUUCAUUCCUAGAUUACUGGUGCAGAAGUCUCAUGUAGGUGACCAAGUAUGUGUGUGUGGUGAUGGCUGAGUAGAUAUCACUGACUGUAGUAUGACUUGGGUCUAAAUAUAAAUAAGAGUGCCAACUUCAGAAAGGACUCCAGUUACAUUUGAACACUCAGUAGCUCUGGCGAACAUGUUUGUGAUAACGUCUGACUCUUCUUCAUUCAUUUUUAUCCCUGCUUAUAUAUCUAUGUCAAGAUUUAUCCUAAGAUAACUCUUGCUUUUUAAUUAUCCUGCUCAUUCUGCCACUUGUUUGUGCAGGUCUGAUAAUUCAACACAGAAAUGCAGAUAGAAAAUAAUUAUCAGCAGCACCUCAUGCCAAAACAAGUGUAACAGCCUCAAGCGUGUCUUUGAGACAUCUACUUUUGUUUCCCAUGGUGCACCAGCUAGUUUUACAGGCGGGGCCAGUUGGCUCUUCACAUUAGUAAAGGUGUGUCUUUCUGACAUGUAAGGAGUGUGCCAGUUCUGUGGUUACAUGUGAACAGACAUGUGCAUGCAGUAGCAUUCAUGUGUGUGUAUGCAGACUGCUGUAGGGCCAUACACUGGAGGUGCCUGUACUGCAAAAGUCAGAAGAAAUCAAAACCAAACUUGUCAGACUUCAUUCCAUCACUGAGACAGAGACAGCCUAUCAGAUCUGAGACAGAACUCUACUGCAUGUCUUUGCACACAGUUUGGAAACCUCCAGAGUGCAGUAAGAAGUUUCGAUCUAUUUAUUGAGCUUAGUUUUGCUGCCAUACAAAGGGUCAGAGCAGUCAGAGUUGAAGCUAAGUGCGAAAUGUUGCAGUUCCUCCAGUGUCUACUUGACUGGCUUCAUAACAGGACCCAAUUUAAAUCCAUUAACACACUUUUUUUUUUUUUUAAUAACAAAAUCAAACAUUGUUGCAGCAAGGUGCAGACACACCCUUUGCAUGAAUAACUCAUUGUUUUAUCAGCUCACACUCAUCAAAACUCAUCUCUUUUGAUUACAUGAGCACUAUGAGUGGAGCAUAUAUUUGCAUAAUUGGAGGCGUGGUUCAGUUGACUAACAGACAAGCCCAAUAUAGAUGUUUGCCAGGAGGUCAAAGACAUGUCUCAACUCCACCUUAAUUUCUGUUUCUAGGUUGAAAAACUAGGUUGAUUCAUCACUGCCAUCUUUUGGUAUUUCAACACUUCUCCUGGAACCAAUAAAACUACCUCCAUGUUUCAUAAUACAUGUACCUUAUCAGUGCUGUAUCAUUAAGCUAUCAGAUAACUCAUUUUCAUAUUUCCAUGCAACAGAAAGCACUUGUAUGUAGUGAUGGGCACAGCAGUUCUUUUAGAUGUACUGAAUCACUAGAAUCAGUUCACUAAAAAGAUUCGUUCAAAAGAUUUGUUCACUAAAUCACUGAAUCAUGUAGCGUUUGGCGGGAGUAGCCUGCGAAUCCGACCUCCUGAACUGAUACACAGCUGAACGGUUCAGGAUUCAGUUCACUUCACAGCUGUGUUUGAGUUAUGUCAUGAUGUUUUAAGUGUACUGUCCUAGGUUAUGCCAUUUAUCAGUUUGGCUUGAUAAAUUGGGCUCAGUGAGUGAUUCGUUCACUGAACGUUUAGAAGAAUUCAAGCUGAACAUGCACCGUCCCUCGCAGACAGCUGCAAUGAUAAGAUGCUGAAGGUUUAAUGCACUAGCUAUUGUAUGCAAGUUGUUGUGAUGGCAAUUUAGCAUGGAAAAAAAAGUAGUUUUGUCCAACAAAUAUGAUUCCAGAGAGUGUAGUUCAAUGCGUGAUUUGUUCAAAGUGAUUCAGGUGUUGUUGCAUGUGGUCCCUUGUUCGCUGGCUGCUCGACUGGCAAUGCUGUUUCUCACUUCAGCUCAACUGAAGUGAGAAAUGAAUGAAUCACUCGAGGAAGUGAUUCGGUUCAGUGAGUUCACUUGAAAGAUUCGGUUUUUUUUAAUGAAUCGUUUGCGAACGACACAACACUACUUGUAUGAUUGUUUGAAAAGUCUGGUAUCAGCCAUUUUCACUGUUAUUUUGUUGUUUACUUAUUUUUCAUUUUGCAUGUAAACUUGAUUGAGCAUCUAGUCACUCAGUUAAGGUAUCAGUUUGCAGCUUCUUCAAUGCUUAGUAAUUUUAUUUUGCAUCAUUAAUCAUGUCUAAACUAACAACCCAAACUCCACCUUGACUUAAAUUUUUUAACAACCACCACCCUGACAAUUAACAUGAGCUGGACUUUCAUGUCCAGCUGGUUUACACUCAUUAUAAACCAACAUGUUUAUUUUUUAUGUUCCAUUGAGGUGUACUCCUAAAACACGUGUAAGAGAGCUCAGACUAAUUCCAUCACAGUGACUCACUAAAUGGCUGUAUUGUCUUUUUACCCCACCCAUGAACCUCCCAAAGAGGACGCAUGGUCCACCCAGUCACAGGUGAAGGAGAGCCUCUGAGUUAUGACAGGAAUGACUCUAUUUGUAAAUGGCACACAAUGAGCACAAUGGAAACAAAGUAAUGGCUUGAGACACACACGAAAACCAAACAGUGUGAGUGUAUGUUCGUGUUUCCACGCUGUAAGCUGGAGUGUAAUGCUGUCCAGGCUUCUUUGGUAGUUUGCUGAAUAUAUUGUUCAAAUGCAGCUCAAAGUCAAAGCAAUCCGGUCAAUAAAAAAAGAAGGGCAGGUGAAGGUUCAGAAAGACAACACCCACGCCUUGAGCUUCAGAUCUAUUAGUCACUGAGUCUGCAGAAACACUCCCUUCACUUUUGUUCCUCCUUUAAAUGUCCUCUUCUUAGAUUUUCACGCUGCAUUUAUAUAAUAGCUGUCAUCUGUAGGUCGACCUUGUGAUUGAUUUCUUUAUCCUGACCUGUUGACCAGAUGUUGAAAGAAGCUGAGUUUGAUCAGUUUCCUCUCCGCUGUUGCCCCACAGAGGCGAUAUCAUUGGAGAACAAGAUAAGACUAAAAAAGUUUCAGCUGAGUCUCGUCUCUUUUGGAAAAAAGUCAACGCAGAUGUAACACAAACCGAAGCCUGGCCCCUCCCUUUAUUCUCAUAGGUAAUCAGACAGCAGAAGUAGUUUUACAAGCUUUCUUUUAUUGGUGAGUGUACAUAACAGGUGUGUGCAUAACUCUGUGUGUGUCUCCAUGCCUGUGUGUGUUCAAGAUACGAGUGUAUCUCUGCAAAUCUAGGUGUGUGUGAAUGUGUUGAUAAGAAGCAGGACUAUUGUGUCCGAGAGAGAUGAGUGGGUUUUAGAGACAGAGAAAAUAGUGCAGGAGUUUUUUAAAGAAAGUGUGUCCUUGUGUGUGUGUGUGUAUGUGUGUGUUGAAGGGGUGUCUAUUACCCCUGAGAAGUGGCUCACAUGUGGCCCCUCAUCAGGUGGGUGACAGUCCCCGGUCAAGCUCACUUCCCUUUAUAGCCCAGAGAGUUACGGCCCGGCCUCUUGUGACUUCCACCUCUGAGCUCCCUCUGCUCCUCAACCACGCCUCCUUUUAGCUCCCUCCCUCCCUCCCUCCCUGCCUCUCCCUCCCGUUCCCUGCCCCGUGCGUUGGAAACAUGCAGCAAACCUACAGAGCAGGCAGAGGCUGAGACACAACACACACAUAGACACACUAUCGGGGGCACUUUUCAGCCAACAUGGGCCAGAUACUGAGCUGGAUCCGAGGCCCACGCGACGGCCAGAACCUGCAGGAUGUGGCCGUAGAGCAGCAGGUGUGUGGAAACAUGUUUGGUCUUUGUGUACGUGUGCGUGUGCUUCUUGUGCCAUAGUUUGUGCAGUGCCACUAAUCCAAAAGUGUCCACGUGUGUUUUUAUUUUGUCACUGUGAGUCAGCUCGGGAGUCUGAAGGUCUGUUCUGCGUUUGCACUCGCUGUUCUUUUAGUCUAGUUUGUCCUGAGUGUGUAACUCGAAGGGGAAUCACAUAGAAGGAGGAAAACCGUCUUGGCUUUGGUCCAAGUCAGACCUCCCUCACCCUCCCCUUUGCUUGCCCACUCUAUCUCUCUACUGGAAUGUGAAUCUCCCGGUCAGCCUGUGUGACUUCAGAGUCAGAGUUGGAGUUUUGUAUAAGUGAGGUAUUAAACCAAAGGCUUGGACAAGGCCUGCUUUGUCUGCUCUAAGAGUUGCACACAGCCAGGAGAGAAACGGGAGGAUUUCAUCUAGGGAUGGUUUUAGUUCAUAAGAAAAGGACAUUAUGUUUGCUACGUGUGAGGACAGGGGUUUGAGUUUUGGUCUCGCCCAAAUAGCUUUCUCCUGUGAUAAUCUGCAGCUGAUCACACUGUUGAAAGGGUGUGUAGUAGAGGUUUUUUUUCCCAUUUGCACAGCUCAAAUUGCACAUGCUGCAGGUCAUGCCCAGAUGUGUGUUUAUCUUUUGUUUCUCUUUUCACACGUCAGGCUGACAAAUCCAGUGCGACGUGCCGAUAUGCAACAGAUCAGCAGUGUCAGUCAGACGUCAGUAUUUUGUUAUCAGGCUUGUGCUAGUUUGAUCUGAGUCGCUUUAUGUGUCAAAGGUGAAAGAACAGAUGUGUCAUGCAGUAGACUUAUCGUGGGAGUUUGUUUUGUUGUGUUUUGGGCCCACCAGAUUCCCAGCUUCGUCCUUGAGGAGUCUGCCUCCUCUAUAUUUCUCUUUUGUCUGGCUACAGAAACAUUUCACAGCCAAGAAAUGACCACCAGGGGAAACAUGUCUUGACUGAGCCAUCAGAGGAAGGACUUAUAAUGACAAGAAGACAAUGGGGGAAGACUUGCAGGCAUAUCCUGAACAUUCCCUUUCUGUCAAACACAGACGUCCAUUAUCAGCUGAGGUGGCACUAAAAACAUCUGUCAUGAUGUUUGACGCUUGUGUUUACAUGCAGUUAUGCAAUCAACGCUUUCACUGGACUCAUAAAAGAUUUUUUCGUUUCAGCCAUGCACCACAGGCUUGCUCCAAAACCUUUAGGAAAUGCAAAUUGUGCAUUCAUUUUUAUUUUUUACACAAGGAUCCUGUGAACAACUUCCUGUUUGUGUUGGUGUGAGUGCCCCCUGUAGACAAAAAGUACCUCUCUUCUCUCUUUGCUGAUCUUAAACAUGUGCAUGUAGUUAUUUUUUACAAAGGAGUAUCAAGACUAGGAAUGAUCAAUACAUUUUCAGGGAGGAAGAUUUUUUUUGUUUAUGCAGAUGCAUGCAGAAAAAAAGGUCAUGUUUAUUAAAGUUGGAUAUUUCAAGAGUAAAGUCUGAAAUCGUGUUUUGUGAAAAGGGGGAGUGUCCAGAAUUAGUCAAGAAAAAGUCAAGAGUUAUAAAGUCAUAAAUCCUCAUAAAACUGUUCAGUGAUCGAAAAGCUUAUCUCUCUCUGAUCACUUACUCCCCCCUGCUCUUUGUGUUGAUUUACUUGUAAAUAAAAAUCUUACACAUGAUCAAAACCCAUGGUGAACUUUAAGAAAUGCGACAAUGUCAUCUGCUUAUCAUCAAAUCCAUCAUCAAACACUGUUAAGAUUUAAAUAAGCACAAGAUGAUAGAUUGGCAACUAUUAUAUGGGUUGAUGUUGACAUUAUUUGGUCUCCUUUUCGGCUUCAAGUUUCACCAAUCCUAAAAAUUUGCGCAACCAAGCAGCUGGCUCAGAUUUGGCAGCCUCUCCUCCUCGUCUGAUAACAGCGUCCACAUGCUGUGAAUCACAUCUGCAGAGGGAGGGCAAUGUCAUGUUAUCGCUAAAUGUCUCAGGCAUUAUCACUGUUUGCAUUAUAAACAUACAUAUAGCAUAUUGCUUUUGUGCUAGCUUCAGGGACUUAAUAAUUUUCAUAGUCGUUAAAGAAUCUAACUGAAAUGAUAAGUAUUAGAUAUCUGUUCUUCUCUUUCCUAUAACAUGGAUAUCGGAAAAAAUCCAGCUAACAUUUUUUUAGAUUUUGCUCUACUAGAUACAGUAAUGAAUACUGCAGUAAAGCAUACUGAAAAACUGUUAAAUGCAGAAGUGUGAUGCCUUUGCUCAAUGACGACCAACUUUUUCUUCAAGCUGCUAUCAGGAACUUCUGGUUUAUGUCAAUUUUGGCACCCCCUGUGGACAAAGUAAUACCUCGCAUCUCUUGUCAUGUACAAAUGAAAGCAGCAAUAUUAGACAACAACCUCAACUUUAAAGAGUGGUAUAGUAAAAGGAAGAAAAAAAGCUCUUCUGUCAGUCGAUCUGUCUUUCAUCUGGCGUAACACCUUCCCCCUUGCAGCAGUUUAAAGCCUCAGAGAAAAUUUCAGUUUUAUUGUCAAUGGUCAUGUUCACUUUAAAGGGCCUAAAAAUGUAUUGUUAUUGUCAGUGUAUUUUGUAAACAGUCAAAACUCCUCACAGAAGCUUUAAACUUUACUGUUUUGGUUCAUUCUUUUCAUUGGUGUACCGCUAUUUUUAAUUUUAAGUUCUCCUAAAGCCCUGGUAGAUCAUGUGGCUGGAGCAAGUACCUGCAAGAUUGUAUAAAUUAAUUAGAAUUACUACUUAUUACUUAAAAAAGUAAAAAAGUAACUUAAUUAAUGAAUUUCAUUGUUGUUAGAGUAAAUGAUUUCAUGGGAAAGUAACUUUGGCUUUACUUGUUUUACUUAAGUACUCUUAGUGAUACUUGCCUCAGUGGUAUUUUGCUAAUUGGUUCUCUGAUAGCAGACGACUUUGGUCAUAUCUUCAGCAGUUUACUGUACAAUCAGUCUGUUUAGUCCUCCCUGGCUUACAGAUUGGAGCUGGCGGAGAUUUAAAGUCAAACUUUAGCUGUUUGCACUGAGUGGCCCCUCCUCCUCCUGAGCUGCACUUGCUUUCCAACUCUGGGGUCUUGGGCAAGCAGGUUGAUAGAAUUAUAGUUUCUGUUCAGCUGCUUUGUGAGAUUGACGCAUCUUGGAUGAAGAAAAAGUUUGCUGUCAAGCACAUAGACAACAGUUUAACACUAUUUUCUUAUCCUGAAAAAAAUGCAAGAAUUUCAGAGUUAAAAAGCUUCCACCUGAAUAGACACCAACUAUUGUGUGCAUGUCACAUUCUUCCUCCAAGGGUGCUACUGUGCUGGCAAAACUUGCCUGUCCACUCACAUGUUUUAUUGUAUGUUUUUGUCUAUUUGAUUUAAAAUAAUGAGCCCUUUUAUUUUGUUUCCUUUUAUUUAUUUAGUUUAUUCUGACUGGAGAGGUCAGUGGAUAGAGUAGCAAAUAGGGUGGGAAAGAGGGGAGUGACAUGAGAGAAUGGACAGUAAGUUUAAAUCGAGCUUUGGCCACCCAAAGGUAGACUGGUGGACUACAGCCUCUGUGCACUGAGCUUCAUUUGACCUCAAAGCCAACCUGAUGCCCUAGAGUUUGGUCAUUUUAAUGGAAGUUUUAUACCACUUAGUAACUCCUACUCUGUGUAGCACUGUGCAGCUACAACCAGAUGUUUCUGAAGUUGGUGGAGACCAAAAUCAGAGCAAAAAGAAACUGUCCUACAUUAAGUUUUCCUGGUGACCAAAUCAAGAAGCUGAAAUGAAGAAAACCAUUGCUCUAUAGCUUCUUUGUGUGUUUUUUGAGCUUGACUAUCAACUUAAAGGGGUGACAUUAUAUAAAGGAAUUGGUGUCCACAGAAAAAAGAGAAGGGAAAAAAUAAAGUGUUCUUUCUUCUGUCAAAAUGGCCCCUAUCUCUGUGUUUUUUGUGCCAAUGGCUUAUCAGAAUUAUUGCAUUUAUUUGCAGAGUUUUACUUUUGAUGCUGUAAUCCUUUAGGUAAUUAUUUUUUGACUUUUAGUCUAUAUCGGAUUAGACCACUGGAGAGAGAGAGAAAGACACAGAGACGGGGAGUGUUGAAGUCUUGUUGAAACCUGAAAAUUAAUCAUACAACCAGUUUUAUGAGGAUUGCACCUUUUUCUAUAUUUGGCGCCCUUCCCAAGUAAAAAAAGUAUGAGUAUGAAAAAAAGCCACAGUACAAGUGUCUAAAAAGGCAGUAAAGAGGACAUAUAACUGUGGACAAAAUGGACAAAACUUGGUAGAAAAUAUCACAAUAAUACCUGCUGUCGAGCCUGAGUAAGCCUCUCAGUGUUAUUGCAUUGGCCCACAGCAGGGACAGAGCUUCUGUGCAGAUUCUGCAGACUUAUUGACCAAAUGAAAUCCUGAGGUCAAGCUUGUGCAAAUUUUCACUGUCAGGAAAUGACCAGGCCUUCCCACUGUUAUCCCCUGAUAUACAGAACAGACCAGCUGGGUUAGUUAGUUAUCAUGAGCCGGGGUCAUAUACAGUUUACUGACUUGAAACUGAAGUUUGAAUGUCCUCAAAGAUAUCUACUGAUUCUGUCUCUGAAUGUGAGAUAAAAACAGAGAGAUGGAGGUGAAACAGUGAAAGAGGGAAAAUCAGCUGUAUUGAUGUGACGCUUCAGCACGUGGCCUCUCUGUGAUAAACCCUCAGGCAGUGUGUGUGUCUGUGCCAGAAAAAGAGGGUGAGCACACUGUGUACACGGUGAGCAUAAACACACAGAUAUUUUGUUGACACAGCCAGUACCUCACGCAGCUAAAUAUUAUCUUUCCAUUUCCGGUUAGAUGUGUUUCUAAAUGCCGGUGUUUUUCCUGUUGCAUGGUAGCACCCAUGUAGCAUCCAGCGGCACUCGCCAUAUUUCUCACUUCGGCGUCAGUUUGGCUCAGAGUUGUUUGCUGAUCCAAAUGUUGCUUUCAGGCAUUUUUCACGUCAGUCACAGAAGAGCAACUGUGAGAGAGUCCAAGCCUCCUGGCUAACCUGAGACUCCGCUCCAGCUCUUUCUGGAGCUUCUGUUUACAUCUGCCAGGCUUGAGAAAAAGCUGCUGCUGUUGCCACAUGAUGUUUUUCAUGACAAGAUAGGUAAUGGAGAUCCGGUAGCUACACCCUUAUGAGAAACAGAUAAGUAAGGGUUAGAGUGCAAUGCAGGUAUUUGGCGUUGCUUCACACACACACAUAAAAGUGGUGAUCUAUUCCAUGAAGACUUUUCAGUACGGCUGUGAUUAUUACACACUAAUUUUCAAAACUGUCCUGACUAUAACCUGAUUUUAUUGUGGCUCUUUCAAUCUGUGGACGUUUCUCAUUAUAUCCUCUUAUGUGAGACAAACUGAGCGCAGACAUACAACCUCGCAAAUGAUACUCACUAAAUGCAAGGUGACAGUAGAGACCCUCAGGUUAAAAGAGAAAGUAAAAACCAAAUUGUGUGAGUUUUAAGAGUGUGAUAAAGUGUGAAGUGGGUGAGUCAACAAACCAGGGGGAAAGAGCAGAGCUAAAUUUAGAGGCUUGUACGUGGACAUGCAGCUGAGCUGAGGACAUCUAUAGUUUUCUGUGAAUGUGGGGGGAUGUAGAGGCAGCCAGUGGGGCAGAGUACACAGUUUCACAGGAGUCACUCUUUGUGUUUCACAAAGGUGACUCACUGGUUUAAACUUGUGAUGUUUUCGAAUCAUUGUUUUGGUUGUUGUUCAGGAUGUGUACUGAAGUCAUUGUUCUGAAAAAUCAAUAUAACAAGGUAGUAAAGUGCACAUUAAUGCAAACAUGAACAAGAAGUGCCCAUCAGCACAGGCGGUAAAACAACAUCUUACUGGAGAAUAAUCGAAGACUAUUUAUAGCACAAUAAUUUUGUCCAGUUGUGAAAUGAAUGAGUGGAUCUUGGAAAGGACUCUUUCACAUGAGACUAAGACUGACUAUUGCACUGUUCUCCUACCAACACUCAGACAACACAGUCAUGUGGAGUUACACCAGGCUUCAUGAUUCAAUGACCCAUAUUUGUCCUGAGUCUGUGCUCUGCAUGGAUCUCAUGUGCGUGCUUUCUCCCUCUAUCUCUUUCACUCCCCAGGGAGUCAAAUAUUUUUACACUAACAUCCUCAUAAUAUCCCUUGGUUAAAGUGGAAUACUAAGAAAAUAAAGCUCUAGCAUAUUGGUGUGUCAUUGAAGAGUUUUAGCAUAAAUCACUGUGCAGGAAAAAGAGAGUGAAGCAUUAAACUUAUCAAUCGCUAUGAUUUAAUUUAUGAAUCAGCAACAUGAAACAACUAAGGCAUAGAGAGUCAAAAAUAACCCUGUCAAUUACUUCAUAAAGUCAGUAUUAUGCAGAAAAUGCAGUUAUUUUCAUAGAUAGUUACUUUUUGGUUUGCAUAACAUAUAUCAAGACACUUCCCCCUGAAAUGUAUGGCUUUAAGAUUUACAAAAAUACAGGGAAUUAGGCGUUUGAUAUUUAAAAUAUACAGGAGGAGAACAGUCAGUGUUUAAUUUGUAAUGUUCUUUACAGAGGGGGAAUUGGAAUCUGCAGCUCCAAAAAAUGGAUAUCUGAAUCAAACAAAGAAAUUUCAGUCGAGUCGUCCCAUUUCUUAGACCUGCGUUUUCUCAGAGUUUACAAUUGAAUUUGUAUUUUUAGUCAGUAGCACUUAAAACCUCAGAACGUUGGCUGCAUAAGCCUUCUGUGUGCAAUUUUGACUGUGUGACAGGCUGCUGACUCCAGUAUCAGGUCUUAGAUGAACACCACUUCAGACUUUCUUAUACUUUACUGCUUUAAAAUACUUCAUCACACUUCAUCACACAAUGCUUCACUAUGAUAAAUUGUAUAAUUGAUUAUUAUGACGUGUGCAGCUGACCUCUUGGCCAGGUCACUCUUAUAAAAGAGAUCUCGAUGUUAUCUGGUUCUUAUCUGGUUAAAUAAGCGCUCAAAGCAAAUAUAGAGAUAUAAUGAAAAUGGGAACCCUUGCUCAACUUGGAUUUGUUCGAUCACUUCCUAACAGUGAUAAAAGCUAAAACCUUUGUUGUAGUUGUGUUUUUGGUAUGAAACACUACAAAUAUUAUUAAUGUUAUCUAUUUACAUUUUUGGCAAAUAUGGAAUUCAUGAAUUAUGUUGGCAUAUGUAAACAUUGCGUCAUGAAAUAUCCCUUUAGUGAAGUAAAGAGAUUUAAAAAGAAGAGAGAGCUUGGAGGUAUGAGUCACAUACAUGUUCAUGCAGGCUGAAAGACUUCUUUCGUGUAAAGAUUUGAACAUUUUUGCAUGGCAUUUCAAAAACUCCAUAAAAUCUCCAGGGGGUAACAGAGCACACAAAAACGAAUGUCAGGGAAGAGAUAGGAAAUAUGAUCGCUAAAAGAGAGUAUAUGUAGCAGAUUUCAAGCAUCUGUUUCUAGUGCUGUUGCCAAAACAAACUGAAGACAUGACUGUACAGGGGGCAUUCAGACCUGCUAUCAUGAGUGCUCGGUGAUCUGAUCAUGAGUUUGAAUGUUCACACUUUGCAUUAAAAAAACAUCUUUGUCCUCUUGGUGCUACAUUGUUAUGAACUGCUCAAUUUGAUGUGAAAAUAUAGGGCAGAUAAGGUGCCUUAUGAUACGAGGAAAGAGCAUGAAAAACACACAGAUCUAUGUUAUAUCUGCCAAUCUCCUCUGUAAAUCAUCUGUAUCUUUGCUUUUUUUAUUAUAAAUUUAUUAUCACUUAUCUGUCUUGUGCAGGCUCACCCUAUAAACUUGUCAGUAUUGAAUCACUAUGUUUCCAAAAUUGAAAGCAGUCUCCUUCAUUUAAUAAUAUUCACAUUAUGUGCAUGUAUUUUCAUGCAUGCUUCACUGCCAUGCAUAAACUAUGAUUUCACAUACAGUAAUUAGAGAGAUCACCUCCAAAUAGUGAUCAAGUCUCAAUCCAACCUCAGUAUCCAAUCAUCCAGGAUUGAUGUUGAUAUGAGGUGUAAACAGUCACAUAGUUUAAUUAAGUUUUCAUUUUUCAUUUUCAUACUUUAUUUCAUUCAGUUAAUAUUUAAAACAUUCAAUAAAAACAAGGAAAAAUCUCAAACAUGUGAAUGAAAAGGAGCAGAAAGAAGAAAACUCUUAAAGAGUCUGCCCCUCUUUCAUAAUGUAUUAAUCAACUAAACACAUAAUAAAGAUAAACAACAGCUGCAGGCCAACAUGCCUUUUUACAGCUCAUUAUUUCUUAUUUUAAAAAACAACCCACCAAUGAACAGAAAAGACCAAGUUAAUUCACUUUUUUUCACAAAACAAACAUACCAAGACUUUGAUUAACAUAUUCCCCUGUAUUUACUCAACAUACUGGCUUUGACACUUUUUUGAAGAUAAAUUUUGAUUUAGCUUCUUUAGUUUCUUUGUUCAGAUUGUCCCACAAACGUAUUCCUCUCACUGUAACACACCGCUCUUUCAGUUUAGCUCUGAAUCUUGGCUUUUUUAAAUAUUUCAAAUCAUUUUAAAUGAUGAUUUUCUCUUUUUUUCAAAUUGGCUCUGGAUGUUGACUAUUAUAAUUUUUCUAUGAGCUUUAUACAUAAUCUGCAACAUACUAAAAUCUACUAACUCAUUGAAUUUCAACAACUGCAAUUUAACAAAUAAUGGGUUUGAAGGAUCUCUGCAUUGUCUUCUACUAAUAAUUCGUAUUGCUCUCAUCUACUGUCCCAGCGUGAAAUAUAAAGAGAAAUCAUUAAUCAGGCAAACAAUGUAUAUGUAAUGUAUAAUGUAAUGUCUUAUGGUGACAGUUUUUUUUUGGUUUCUUCUUAAAGGUUAUAAAAAGUUCAAACUAUUACUUAUGUGUCACAUGCUAAUGUUGGUGUGUCAGCAUUGAAGUAAUAAGUCAGAGUUACACAGCUGAGGCUUAGAAACUGCUACAGGACAUUUAAAAAAGUGAACAAGUAAAAGCUUAUGAAAUUUGAGAGGAAUUUGAAACUUACUGCAGGUUGAACAGUUUAGAGAGGAGUUCACAGCUGCAUGUGGUGAUUUUUAGAAGAACCAGAUGGGUGCAUAGCUGUGACAGAUGUAGGUUUUUUAAAAAGUUGUUAUAGUGCGACUUUUGUAUUUGACAUGUACUGUUGUUUGGUGUACAUAUGUAUUAUUUUGUUCUGUGUUUUUGUUUCUAGUUGGGUUUUUUUUGUUGUUGUUCUUUAAGUUUGAGAUCAAUAAAGAAAAAGAAAAAAAAAUGGUCAAAUUGAGAGAUCAAGCAGACAUGAAACAUGAUUAGCAUAUAUUUAGAGUCACACUUUAGGAAACCUAACAGGUGCAAUCCAAUGCUUAAUAUUCAGUACUUCAACUUUGCUCCAACCAGCUCCUGAAGAUAACACCUUUCAUUUUAGGAUUCAACAUUUACAAUUUAAUGUUUCUUUGCCAUGCAGUUGCUCACAAGGUGUUCUCAAAGCUUUUUUGCUAGUCAAACAAGAGACCCAAAAGAUUCAACCAAACAGUAAAAUUAAAGCAAGAAUGCUAAUACAGACCAAAAGAUUCUGCAGACUCACAGAGUGGUUUGGAAUUCAAUGAAGAACCUACAACAGGAUGUUUUUCAUCGAUCCGUGCCACCUGACUCUCUUUCAUUAGGGAGUAUUGGUCUGGUUUGUCGAGUUAUCUUUGGUUGUUUCUGCACAGUCAGCACACCCUAACAGCUCUUCAUACUGGAUCUGAAAGCUUCCUUUUAACAAGUUCAUAAUGAGUACACAGUCUCCUUUUGGCAGCAACUUUUCAUAAACAAGAAUCCCAGAUCCGCACAGUCCACAGUCUUAAUUACUUUGUGAAAUUUCUGGUGGAUCAUGCUUCUCGGUUUUUCCAGUGAAUUUCAGGGUGAAUUAUUUCUUCACUGUGAUCUCUUGCCAGCAAAAGAAAGCAUCACCAGCCUGAUAGAAAACAGAAUAAAAAGUUCAGACACCCACACACUCACACACGUCCAGCUUCACAGCCCAGAUUGGUGGAUAACUCUGGAUGGGUGUGUCCUGGGUCUGCUUCAGCUCCUUAUAUGUCAACAAAGAAAAGUGUUACCAGGGUUUUGGUCUGCCAUGGUUAGGCGUUUAGAUCCAGCAAAGAUAUCAGUUGUUUUUCUGUCACAGAUUUGAACUUAAUGAGUCAAAGAAACAAAAAAGAGGAAUGCAGACUUGGUUGUGUUUUUGUCUGAGUCAGUCAGAGCAAAGCUGUUAGAGAAGAUUUAUUUUGAAAGGUACCAAAACAGAAGUAAAUACUCCUGCCAGAGAGGUGCCAGGACGAGGAUUUGUAGGAAGUCUACUGGUCCUUUAAGAAGAUGUUUUUUAUAAAAAGAAAAAGUUCACAGUAAUGUAACAUAGUUGGGAAUCUUUGAGGCAGAAAAUACUGAACACUGUGUUCUGGGUCUUAUAAUCUAUACCUUACUAUGCCUGAUGCUGAAACAAUUCAAGUCUAUUCAUGUUGCUGUCAGAAAUCACUCCAUGAGAAAUGAUGUUUCUACUGAGAAGUUUGAGCUCGCUGUGGCUUAACUUAUAAAGAAAAGUAAACACAAACAACAUUUUGUAAUCCUCAUAGCUACAGUUCAUUUCUGCGUAGGAAUCAUAUUGUUUGCCUUCAAAUGAAAAAGAUUUAACAGGCUUACAGACGGCAUUUGCCGGUCUUGUGAUCAUUCAGUAUAAAACAACACCCAGACAGACUCAGCAGCUCUGGACGCUGCUCACACACUCCUCCAUUUAUUCUCACCUUGGUGUUAUGAUUAUUUUUAGUCACAAGGAGGUGCUGUUCUCCAGAGCCCUCCCCCUUUUCCAACAUGUUUGACAAGUUAUGUGAUGUCGCUGCUUUAUCUGAGCAGAGUUUUCAAGUCUCUGGGUUGAAAAAAUGAAUCAAUGUUGUGAAUGUUGAGAGUGUGUGUGUGUGUGUGAGCUCAGGGGUCAGAGUGACACCACCAUGUUUUUCUAAAUUCUUACAUAACCUCUGGCUGCAGCCCAGCAGCUGUGUUUCCUGUCUGCUCCUUUGUUCAGGGUCUACUUUGUAGAGGAAAGAGUGAACGUAUUUGAUCUUGUGUUUCUGACCACUUCAAGUCUCUUCCUUCUGACUUUGUCUAUCUCUUAAAUUCACAGUUUUUCUUUUCCUCUGCACUGAGUGUCUCUGGGUGCGGUUUGGACUCCAUGUGAUGUGAGCCCUCCUCCCUCUCUUCUUUUCUUUCUAACCACACACAGACUCGCUCUGACUGUAUUGCUCGAGUGGCUCUGCAGCCUGGAUUCCUAAGCAGUGAGUCUGUCAGACACACCCAGACUCUGCCAAACAACCCAGCUGCUUUAGAUCCACUCCUGCUUCAUCACUGCUCCAUCCCUCGUCUCUUCAGAAACCUUCCUGUCUUUAUCUUGAUGGAGGACAUUCAAUGUCUGUUAUCGAACUGCAACAUCCCUCCUCCGAAGGCCCGCCCUGACCAAACCUAAAGUUUCCCUCAAGCUGACUUCACUUAUUUUUCCUGGCUGGCUUUGAGCAGUAGGCGGGUUUUCUUGUGUCUCACUGACCAAUCUGACUGAGCCUGCUCUGCUGCCCUGUAGUCGAGAGGGGCGGAGCUUCAGCAGCACAGUCUUGUUGUGCUGCUUUUAGAUAGGCGGAGCAUCACGCCUGGGUGUGUGUGUGUUUACAUGUGUGCCUGCCUGUGUGUGUUUCUGUGUGUGUAUGUGUGAUUGGAUUAGAGUGCUUCCACAGCGGGAAUCUAAGGUGAAGCAGCCUCAAGACAGCAUCUUGGUAGUGUACACAGCUGCACAUAUAGAGGAUUCACACUCAAAUCACACCUAUGGUAUGUACCUGGGCAGCAUUUCCCCUUCAUGUGGGCUCUUAUGUAACUGUGUAUGUGUGUGUGGAGGGGCUUCCUGUUUGAGUGGCACCUGUCGAUCCACGGUGACAGCUCUUUUAGAGCAGAGCAGUGGGUACUGAGAGGCUUUUUUUGGGCUCUGGUUUGAUGUACACAGCAGCUAUGCAUGUUGCGUUUGUGGGAUAUGACAACAGCUUGUGUUGAAAAAGUUUAGUUGAAGAAAGUUGGCAUAAGAUAAGACAUUGCUGUGUUACUGCAUACCGGGACCCUGAGAGCUGUUGUUGCCAAGGUAACAACUAAAGGGGAUCCACAUACACAGUAAACAACCAAGUGUUCAUGAAGAGCGAGGGUUACUGCACUAAUGUUCUAUUAAUAAACCAACAGAGUCUGAUGAUGACUCUCACUUUAGUUUACAAAUGUGAUGUAACAAUAUCUUUGCUUCUUUGACGAAGAGUUUUUAGCUUUGUAUAACUUUAAAAUGUGUGUGUGUGUGUGUGUGUGUUUGUGUGUGUGUGCAGCCUGCAGACGAAUGUAGCACAAACAAGGCAAAAUUUAAGAGCAAAGUUUUGCCAUAACACAAAGGCACCCUUUGUGUUCCUUUGCAACAAAAAACAAUGAGAGAAAAGUAAUAAAUUCCACAUGACGACUGACUGUAGUCAGAUUACAGUGAAUUAAGUUUAUAAAAGAAGACAGUAAAAUGCUCUUAAAGCGCCACGUUUGAUUUUUUCUUCUAGGUUGUUUUGAUAUGACAAUAGUGCAUAUUAUACUGGCACAAAAAGCCCAUAACAGUAGGUUAGACUAAUGGCUUUUUUUUUUUUCAGUUUACCCAGCUGUCUGUUUGCUGUCCAAUUCUCCCCUACAGCAACAUUAUUUAUCCUCACGCGCACUGCCCUGAAACUUCAGUCCCACAACAGUUAGCUCCAGUGCUAAUGUCACACUCCUGCUUCACAUUCUUGCCUUGUAACUCUGACUUUACUUGAACUAUUUUAACCACUCUUCAGAGGGGUGAUCCGUGUGAACAUUUGUGAUUGUUAAGGUGACUUCUUUUGUUAUGGUUGGUGCUAUUUUGCAGUUGUUAGCAGCAGUGAGCUAAGAGCAGUUUCCAGCUUUGUUCGCAUGUGCGUGUCUGCGGUUUGUCGGGUGUGGUCCAGCAUUAGUCAUCAGUUUUCAUUACAAGCACAAGCUACCCAGCUUCAAACACUGUAGCUGGGUAAGGCCUGGAUAUUUGACAUUGUUUCUUCAUUUCUGAGAGGCAAAUACAUGGUGAGAUAUCUUUGUCAUGUAGAGAAGAAGCACUUCUGGGUGAUAUUGAGGUAUAAAGUGUCUAAAUACAUCCUCUAAAACAGGAAAAGAAAGACUCAAACUCUGAGCACAUCGACAGUUUUCUGCUAAGAUGAUGUGUCAGACUGACUGCCAGUUCAGUAAGAGCAAAGGACAGAAUGGCAUCAUGCUGCUGUUAUCCACACUCUGAAAUGUUGUGUCUAUUUUGACCUCUCUCACUUGGGUUUCAGCCGGCAGCUUGCCCGGGUAUCCCAGAAUGACCAUGACGCUGCAGGCAGUGACCGUUCAGUCAUUGUUGUCCUUUUAGCAGCUUGAGCUCUGUGGUUCAGUGUAUCUGUGUGCAGACAGUGUGUGUCGAAUAGUGAAGUCGAGCCCUGCAGCUCGUCACUGUUUUAGCCAUCGUUGAAAAAGGAUCAACAUGAGUUACGGUUGAUCUUUACUGACUCUGACUGAGAACAUGUGCGGCUUUGUGUGCAUAUCUGUUUUUUGGCAUCUGUUCUCCAUUUUAACAGUGUGUUUUUGUACUGUUUGUUUCGCCAUGUCUCAAACAAGAACUGCAAAAGUUUCAGUCUGUCUGUACACUGUGAACUACUGCGUACCGACUCUAACAAUGCCCCUCAUGAAACAGGUUCGUGGCAACUACCGUCCUCUUCCCUUACCCCGGCAAAAUUUCUACAAGGUAAAGAUGUAUGAAAAGUCCACCGUCUGCUCUGUUUUUGUGUCUUUGCACUGUAUAGGACCCAAAAUAACAGGAACACCUUAUUAUCAUAAUGCUGUCAGAUCACGAUCAACAAAAUUUUUACAUAAAAUGACAUUUUAGUCAGAUAAACAGCAAUAUUUUCUGCAUAACUCAUUUUUAAUAAUCGGAUGUUUCUGUUACAUUAUUAGUCAUUUUUGCUGCAUGAGGACAGUUUUGUAUCAAUGCUGUGUUCAGAACAAAAGUCAUCAAUCACUUGAAGCUCACUUGGCUUGUGUUAGACAUGGUCUCUUCCCAAAAUGUGGCAGUUUUCUGUCAAAAUUUAAAGGCCAAUUUACUGUAUUAUCCAUUAAUAUUUCUGCUAAGAAAUGUUGGGCCCCUUUUAAGACAAGAAAAGCAAUAAUAUAGAAAAUGUUGCCUUAUUUUUUAAAGGAUUGACCAAAUUGGGCCUACAUACUACAACUAGCUAGCUUACAUUUUGUUGCCAAAAUUUUUUUUUCCACCAAACUGAGGUAUCAAAAAUGUUUUGUCCUGAUCUUUCUGAGUAGGUCACUCAGAAAUGAAGCUAGUUUUAAAACGAAAAACUAACCCUACUAUCUGCUAUGACAAGCGUUACUGCUAGUCAGUUUACAAAAGGUGAGAUGUUCCAGCUACACUUGACCUGUCACAGACCCCGUUACUCUGGUGUCGCAAUAAAUGUCUAAAUAAUGUAAAUAUGCUCACAGUUUAACUCUGUUGUGCCUUUUUAGUGAGUAAAGCCCUGGUUACAGUUGCGCCAUCUCAAACCUUCACCAGUAAACAUGCUUAUCUGUGACUUCUACUCCAUCAUAAACCAUGAGUAUAAAGAAAAAUCAAACUUGUAGCUGAUCCUAAUUCACAAUGUAGGUCACAAAGAGGCCUCAGUACAAGAUUGACACCAUUUCAAAAUCAGCUGACAACUCCUCACAGUCCUUAAGAGGUCAUGGUAAAAUAGUCCUGUAUGUGGUUCAGAUGUAGCUGUGAAGGACAAAAGAAGAUACCCAUACAAAAACGAAAUAUUCAAAACCAAGGAGAAAUGUCAAGUUUUAUGUUAAAUAGGAAAAAAAUAAGAUUUUUUUAGUUGAACUUUCUGAAAAAAAGUUGAAAAACAAUCUUGCCAUUUGUGAUUUACAAGAAUCAGUCAUCAGUUGCUGAGUCACAGAGCAUAAAACUGUUUCCAGAUGAUUAUCUCCAGCUCUUUUUGUCGGUUGACUUGUAAAUGAAAAGCCGGUACAUUAUGAAAACACAUGCUAAGCUUUUAGAAACACAACAUGCCAACUUUUUACCAGCGCUGUCCAUCAUCCCAAACUGCAAAAUAUCAACUAGCACAAGAUGCUAGCUCUGUUAAUACUAUAAAUGCUAGUAAUAUUCAUUCACAGGCUUGAAACAAAAGCUGCCACUACUUUGUCUUCAUUUUGGCUAAAAUUUUGAUCAUUUUUGCAAACUGAGCAGCUGGUGAAGGAUCUAUGAUCAUUUAAAACUCAGCUGUGUAUCUAUCUCACAGUGACUACAAGUAAUGUUGUUUCUAAAUGUCUAGUUUAUCACUAAUAUUAACAACCUCAAAUGUGACUCGAACCAAACACAUUUGAUUCAUUAGUAAAAUGUAAAUGUUCAUAAAUAAAACUUAGCAACUGUCGGCCUUAAUUUCUAAAAUUGUAUUUAGCCUUUUUUUUUUACGCAGAAUUUUGACUUUUUUAAAAAUUUAAUCUGACCUUUUUCUCAGGAAUUCAAUUUUAUUCCAAAAGUGCAUAAUGGAAGAAAAAAAAAAAUCCUACUCCUCUCAUUUUCCCAUCACCAAUGACCCUUUACUCCCCCAAACACAAUUCGUCAAAAAUAUGUUACAAAGAGAAAGCUGGCCUUGAAGCAGAACCUGAAAUAACUAAUUUUGCUCAGUUGUUCAGCACAAAUGGUUACUAUCUCCGUAGGAUCCGUGUUUUUAUCUCGCCUGAAGUUACUUGAAAGCGUGGUCGUGAUUUAUGGGGCAUGUGUUAGCAUCUUGAGCCUGUUUGCACUGUGUCUGUGACAGACAGCAUGUUUUCUAUGAGAGGAGAGCAGUCUGCUGUACAGGAGGCAUGAGGAAUGCAGGAAUGCUUGAGGUGACGGCAGGCAGAGAGCUUGCAGAGUGUUUGGGGGUUUCAGGUGAGCUGAGUUCACUUUUAUUACAGUUGAUGAGCAGACUGAUGGUCUUUCAGAUUAGCAACUUUUGGAUUUUAUGAUAUAUUUUAAAAUUAAAUGAUAUGGAGAUAAGUUGCCACCUUUUAAAUGCACCGAUGAUCUCCCCUCCUUUCUUUUUACUGGCCUUUGUUUUCCACCAAAGACUGUGAAGUUGCUUGUUUGUUUGCCUGUUUGAAAAGUAUCUGGGUGGUUCACUGUCUGUGUUGUCUAACCUGUCCGUGCUUUCUGUCACACACAGCUGUUCUGAUGAUUAUAGUGUAAAACUGAGCCUGACGUGAGAAUCUCCUGUUCAUGUCACAUUUAAAACGUUGUUUUGAAGUAUAUCUGAUGCUUAUUGAAAUCCACUCUCUUAUAUAUAUAUGUUCAUAAAUUCUAUGAGGAAAGCAAAAUCUAUUGAAUGUGUAGAGAAGGUCAAACACUGCCAUAGUUCCUUAAGAUCAGAUCUUCUGGUUCCACGGGUUUGGCAUUUUGUGGACUGCUCACAUUUGUGGCUAAUGAGUCAUCAAAUCCUCUUAACCAGCUUCCUUUGAUUUCAGCUGGUUUGCGGGGUUUCCAAAUUUAGGUCAGACUUUGUGUCUGAAAGUCAAAAAAUGUUUGUAUCACAAAAGAAAGCACACAGCUCAGUGAUGAUGGCAGUAAUCUGGCUGCUGACUCAGCAGUUAAAACUUUCAAUACGACAUCUAUCCAAACCAAAGUUUGGUAGGAAAACAAAAUGGACAAGAUGACACACUUCAAGGGAUAUUCCGGCAUUUAAUUAAUUUAGGGUCAAACACACCAUAACACCGAGUUAGACCCCCCCUUGGGAGAUAAAUGUUGCCAACCGCUUGCUUCUGUAGUUAUACCAACUUAAGUAACGACUGCAUGAUAGCAAUACACAGCGGUCUGAGGAGCCAUAAACAAACCUCAAACAAAACGCCACUCUAUAGCCACAAAUAAUGCUCAGAACAGCACCUAACUUCAUCAACAGUACAUAUAGGGUCCCAGCCAUAGUACUAGCCACCAAACAUCUUUUUAACUUUGCCUGAUUUCUUUAGUAAAGAGACGAAACACAACUCACCCACUCCCUUCCAGCAUCUGCUUGUUUGUAGCGAGACCUCGGGCCAGUCCAUUAUCGACGACAACGGGGUGACGCAGCUCAGGGAAGAACAUUUAUGAUCAUUUUUUCAUGAAAAUGCAAUCAGAUCAGGACACUAAGGCAGAAGAACGACCGCGUCUGCAGUGCAAAAUGAUUAAUAUGGUGAUUAUUACUUCAAGGAAAUGAUAAAGUAAUGAUCAUAAAUGUUCUUCCUUGAGCUGCGUUCCCCGCUGCAGUCCGUAAUGGACUGGCCCAAGGUCUCACUACGAACAAGCGGCUGCUGGAAGACAGAAGGUGAGUCUAGUCUCUUUGCUAAAGAAAUUAGGCAAAGCUAAAAGGAUGUUUGGUGGCUAGCUCUGUGGCUGGGACCCUGUAUGUCCUGUUGAUGAAGUUAGGUGCUGUUCUGAGCAUUAUUUGUGGCAAUAGAAUGGCUUUUUGAUUGAGGUUUGUGUGUGGCUCCUUAGACUGCUGUGUAUUGCUAUCCUGCAGUCGUUACUAAAGUUGGUAUAACUAGAGAAGCAAGCGGUCGGCAACAUUCAUCUCUCGAAGGGGUGUCUAACUUGGUUUUAUUGUGUGUUUGACCCCAAAUAAAUGUUACUACGGAAUAUCCCCUUAAUAUGUGUACCAGUGAUAUGUAUUAUACUGUAUUUGGAUAGGUGUACGUAUAAGCUAGCAGUUUUGUAGAAAGAAAACUAUACAAAUGUAUUUCCAGUCCACAAUGAUUUUCUUACCCAGAGUUAAAUGAGAGCAUUGAUAUCUUUUAAUGUCACAUGAUGCGGAAAAUCCAAAUAAAAAAGAGCCAAACAGCUGCCUCGCUCAGUCUCAGUGUUACUGAACCUCAUAGCAACUCAACUCAACAAAUAACACACAUAUUUUCAAAACUGUCACACUUUUCUUCAAAAGAAAAGUGGCCAAUUAUUAUUCAUUCAUGUUGUUGAGCUGUUGUUGUGCCAUUUUACAGCCAUCAAGGACAGCCGUGGUGCUUUGAAUGGUAUUUUUGCAUUAUUUUCAACAAUAGCUCCAAAAUUUUACAAAGAACAUAUUUCAACCGGAUUUCCCCUUCAACAGAAAAAGUGUGAUUCAUCGAUUAGAAGCACUUGUCAAACCUCUGCUUCCUUUUUGUGGUAACUGAGCAACAACCAAUAUUUAUUACAGUAGCAGGAGUAACAUGACUUCUGCUGUGACAGGAAAAUGCCCUGACUGCUGCUGGCCACACUUCCUCCCUCGUGCUGCUUCCCUCUCUUUCUUUAUCUAAAUGUGUUGACUCCCUAGAGUUAGCCCAUUGAUAACUUAUUGAAGAGAUGAAAUGAACUUAUUUUGGAAGUGUGGGGUUUGUUUGACUUUAUUUAACUUUGCUGUCACUCUUACAAAAUGCAUCAGCUUCAGCACAAAGUGAAAUUUUAGCUCCUGCUGGUUUCAAACGUGCCGAUCAAAAAAUAUAGUUAUUUAUUUUUCUUCCAUUUUGACAAAGCUUCAAUAAAAGGCUGAUCGAUUUCUCCUUCCACACUGAAGUCUAAGACCUUGAAAAUAUUGCCCACUGAUUAUUUUAUGUCCAUGAACACCUCCUUCUUUGCCAAGACAGUCCAUCUGCCUGACAGGUGUGGCAUGUCAAGAUGCUGCUUUAACUGCACAAUGAUUACACAGGUGUGACUCUGGCAGGUCACAGUAGCAGGUGACGCAGAGACAGGCACUUGUAUCACGCAAAAGAAAUUUGUUCCCAAAUUUAGUGACGAUUAAGUGAUCUUUCUGCAUAAAAAUAUCCCUUCUCUUCAUGAAAACUGUGAUACAAACUAAAGUGUUGAGUUUCUGUUUUAGUUUCAUUUAAUCAAAUUGAAUUUAAAGGCCAGUGGUAACAGUGUGCACGAUUACCUGAUUUGGGUCAUGACUUUAUGUGUGAUGAAUGUAACAGAAGUGUGUGAAGCAAUCACUGACAGCACUGAGAUGAUUUCUAAAUCUGGAGUCCCACAUUGCAGUUGUCCUGAGUGCUGCAACUCACACCUUGUCUGUCCUUUCACUUGAUUAUCUGUUUUAUCCGUCACUCCCUGCCCUUCAGUCCUUCUGGCUUUCCCCUUUAGUCACCCUGGAAAGUGUGUAUGAAAAGCUCAAUGCAUAGCUGGCUCGACAGGAUAACUCACUCAGAGGUUUACAGAUGCUUACACAAAUGGUAUUGAUAAUACGAGUACUCUCUUAGCCUUCAUUGAAAAUUGACACGUCUCCACCACAGCCUGAAUGUGAAACACACACUUACUCACAACUUUGUCUGUUUAACAUGAAUGGAGCAAAAAAAUUAAAGUAAUGUUCACAAACUGGCUUGGUUGGGUUUGACUGUAUUAUGACACAUAAACACACAAUGGACUGGGUUGGAUGUGAAAGUACCUGCAGUUAUCCUGACCUGGUGUCAGUGGGGUGGAGGAUUCAUGCUUUUUAUUCACUCCACUUGAAAGACCAGGGCUGGGUUCUGCGGUGUACUGGGCUCCACCCGUAGAUCGGUGCCAGCCGUAAACACACUAAGCUGUACACAUAGCUGCCCUCAAAAAGAAGUUUAUUUAGCGCUAACAGACUUGAAGAGUAACCUAGAUUUAAUAUUCAUCUGAUUUGAAGCACUUGUAGAUCAUAUGCUGCCGUAAAUAAGUAAUAUCCAUUCAUCCAUUUUCUACCGCUUAUUCCCAUUGGGGAAGCAUCUUCAGACGAAGGCGGGAGACACUCUGGACCAGUCGCCAGUUCACUGCAGGGCUGACAUAUAGAGACGAACAACCAUCCAUGCUCACAUUCACACCUCGGGCAAUUUUUAAAGUGGCCAAUUAACCUAACCUGACUUCUGCAUGUCAUAAAAUAAGUGCAAUUAGAACGGUACAAAAAAAGAUAAGUAUAUAUACAUACACAAAUGCGAAUACAGUACAGGUGAAUAUGGAAAUAAGCGCAGAUAUAAAAGAUAAGUCAAAGAGACAAACAAACUCCUGUUAAUUAAAAGGUUGUCUAAAUUAAAGAGUCUUUAACUGCUUUUUAAAAGUAUCCACUGAGUCGAUCCAGAGUCACAGAUCGAUCCAGAGUCGGAGGGCUUUGAAAGUAAUAGGUGUGCGUGAUGUGUCACAGCAUGUCAUGAACAGUCCAGGCUGUUUCCUUUUCAUUCAGCCAGAGUUCAGUAUGUUGAGCCUGUCAGAUAUGGUACAUAACAUGGUUUGAAAACUCAGACUAUAUCAGCAAACUGAUGCAUUAUCUGCCUGAAAUACAGCAACAAGUCUUUUGAAGUAUACCCCAACAACAACAGCAGUGUGGCGCUGCUACAGAAAGUAGUGUAAGUCAGAGUUUUUCCUGUGAUAUUAUGCAUAAUAUGUAGCCCUUUAAUGCCUGACACCACAAAUUAUGGCCAGAAAAUUCAAUUUUUGUUGGAGCUGAAAUGUUUAUUUCACUUUCUACUGAAAACCAUAAAAAUCAAAAUGUCCUUAAAAUUUCACAAAUAUAUUUAUUUAUCUCGUUUGAUACAUGAGAUGUUUUUGGAAACUGAUAAACUACAAGAGGACAUUUUUAUCAUUUAUCGGACUGUAGUCAGGUGGUUUUUAGUAAUUUAUUGAUCAUAUUGAUUUGAUGGAAGUAUAUAAAAGUAUGUAUCAAAUAUGAUACAAAGGGCAUUAAAGGGUUAACUUGCAGUGGUAAUUGAGAGGUACUCUGCAUUAGCUGAUACUGAGGUUUAAAAAGUAAAAGAAAAAAAGGCGAAAACAAGAACAGAAAUGCUGAAGUUUGGAUACAGUCUGUAGUCAUUGUGAAAGAACAGCCUCAAGUCCUCAGACAUGGAAGUCAAACGUCGCCCAUGUUCUGUCUUCUAGGACUGAUGAGAAUUAUCUCAUCGUUUCUUUACACUGUGUGACAUCAUGUAAAAAAGUAGAUUAUAAGAUUAAUGUGGCGUGUUUCCAAGGCAACCACAGAAAACAAUAAUACUGGGUCUCUUUGCUCUCUGGUGUCAAACAAGUCACACCCUUCAGUCAGGAAUGUAGCGCUUUACUCACCCACCUCUGGCUGCAGUUUGAUGAAUGUAUUUGUUUGCAUUUUGCAGCAUUACAUGACACAAUGGAAGAGAUGUGUUCUUCCUGUCCCUCACUUUUCACACACACUUUUUCUUUUUUCCUCUUUGAUAUGAUUAGAAGUUUGGGGAGUGAAGUUUUCAGCAUCGUUCCUGAGUUGUUUGAAAUGCUUUGAAAAAUAUUGGCUUGUGUGAGAAACUGAGAUGCCGCCCGAUGUUAUGAAAUGUUGAUCUCUGGUGAUUUCUUGCCGGAUCUAGCCUGUAAAUAACUUUCCUCUCCUCUGUGUCUGUUCCUCUCUGUAGUCGCAGCCCAGUGAGGCCACGCCCAAACCGGCAGCUCAGGUCACCACCGUGAAGUCUGCACAGUUUGAGGUAUUAAACAUUCCUCUUUAAAACCCUUUCACCUCGCCCAUCCCUGCACCUCUCUCUGAAAAAAACAAAAAACAAAACUAUUUCAAAUGUUCUAAUGGUGGAUUGUUUUCAGUCUGAUCUCUGACCUACCCAGUUUUUGGACUAUGUGUCACAUUUCCCUUCUGCUCAGUGCAGCUUUAUUUGGUGUAGAGUGAAGGAAUAAAUAGUUAAACAAACAAAAAAAAAGAGAGAGGGAAAAAAAAAGCUUUUCCGCCCAUUGAAGCACAAGAGAGUCAACACCCAGUUUGCCAGAGGGUGGCGAAACACUUUAACCCUUUAAUGGAGCUCUCAAACAAUGGAUCAAAGUGAAUAUAUAUGUUUAUGUUCAGUUGCUGAUUGGAGUAAUGUUCAGUGUGAGGAUAACUCCUACAUGUUUAAGCAAAACUACAGGAAGUGUGUUUAGCAUUCAGGAACUUGGAUAGAAAGUUCUUUUUCUUUAAAGGCGUAGUGCCUGCUCUACACAGGGGUCUACAGCAUGUUCUUGUAAAUACACCAGCUUUGGGUCUGUUGCUAGAAAACAUUUGGCAGGCUUAAACAAGAAGAAUUUUAAGCAUUUUACUUAAUAAGUAUGCACAAUUAUAGCAUUCGCCUUGAAAGAUGUCUCUAAUCUCAGUUUUCCUUUAUGCUUUUAAAGCCAGAACAAUCUGACAGGACAGGCCUGCGGCGUUUUGUCUUGGCCUUCAACACCUGGGCUUUUGCUUCGUCUAUUUUGGAGUCUGGCUGACAGUACAGAGAGAGGCUUUGACAGGAUAUUUAAAGGGGUUGUUACAAUAGCUUAAAUAUUGAUGAAUUAUAAUGUAAUAUAAGGGUAUUACAUGUUUUAAACUGGACUAUUCAUAGACUAGGUUUGAAUUACUAAGUCAUCAAUCCUUAGCUAAAAGUGACUCUUGUUAUCUGCUGACCUUGUUGCUCACUUUAUGCUUCCUCUUGCCAUAGUAGGGUAUAGCUGCUCAUGUUUCAGUCACAGAGUAUAGGACUAGACAGCAGAAGUAUAGUAUAACCACGGGCAUCAAAAUUAUUUUCUGAACCAAAAGUUGUGCUGCAUUAAUUUCAUGUUGCUCCUCUGUAAAGUUUGGGAACUUGCUAGAAACUUGUCAAAAACAAGAAUGUUUGGAGUCAGUUUUGGGGAGAAGCAGCUUGACAAGUUGCAGUGUUACAAGUUAAACUACAUUUCUCAGAGGUGAGGGGGUAGUGUUGUUUUUGAAUGAUAAAGAAAACACUCAAACAGCUCAAGCUGCACAAUAUUGAGGAAAAACAACAUUGUGAACUCUUUUAUUUUGGCAAUAUAUGUUUAUACUGUAAUUGACCAAAGGAAUUACUGGAUUAAUGUGUUUUUAUGUACAUAAAAGAUUUGCAAGAUCUGAGUACAAUAUGCGAUCUGUAUGAACUUCUACAUAUCUGUUAGUUAAAAACAUACACUUAGAGGUAAUUUGAGCUAACACAGCCAACACACUACAUGGUGAGGAGCACGUAGGUCACACCCUUAAAUCGUAACGUCCUAAAUAGAGGCUCAUGAAGUAUUCUGAGUGCACAAGUUGUAAUGUCGAAAAAAAAGCAGAUUUGAAGUCACAACAUUACAACUGUCUCUUUUUCUUGAAUUUGUACUAUAAGAUUUUCCAUCUAUCUGUCAUCAUUUCCUAUUAUUAAAUAUUUAAAGGCAGAGGGGGGGUGGAUUUCCUUAGCCCCAUUAAAGAAAAGAGGACAAUAUAAAUAAACUUUAAAUGUUCUUUAAAUUUCUCAGACAACAGGGUGAGGGUUUGGGUUAAGGUUAGGGGUUAGGUUAGGGGUUAUUAUGUUGGGGUAAACCUAACCCAAACCCCAACCCUAACCCAAAUCCUUUAUGAAUUACCCCAAACAAAAAGAAGGUGAGCUUCUAAGAGACGCAAUGUGAUCAAUAUGGUCAACUUUUCCACACCUGGUGCAUUACAGAAGGCUUCAUCAGGAUCUGCCAUGGCUACAAAGCCUGGUGCGGUUACCACAGCAACAGGCGGGGUUGGAGGAAGUGGCAUCACAGCUGGAGGAAGUGCUUCCAUUGGGACAGCAGGAAUCAUGUCUUCUAAAACCAAAGCAGAGGUAGACAGACUCUGGAUCCUUUCAGUGGAGGUGGCUUUUGGCUGUUUGGGGAUGAUGCACCUUGAAUCACUGCUUACUUCCUAACUCAUGAGGCAGCUCUUGUCUCCUCUUCUUCAGCGGCUUCAUCAUCUUUCUUAUCUUGCAACACCUCUUUGUGGUGGUGUGUAAUAUCUUGAGCUUUCAUGAGCACCAGAAGCGGAGCACUUGUUAUUUCACAUUAAUACGAGCUGAUAUUUUCAUUUUUUACGCUUUGUGGUGAAUGCUCACAGUAAAACUUUUGGAGCUGACUUCAUGAAUAACACUUUCUCUGGCUCUCUCUGCACACGUGCUCAUUGGUUUGUAGACUAACACUACGCUGGCAGGGGCUACUGUUAUUGACAUGUCUUCCACUGAGGAUACUAUUGUUGACAUGGCAUCAGCUGGGGUGAGGGGCGGUCCUCCAGAGAUGUCACAGGUAACAGUGUCAUCAUGAUGCCUCGUGUGCUGCUCUGUGCCUUUUCUUAGUCAUCACCUUACUGCUGACCAUUAUUAUUGAAAUUUGAGGUUUUGUUGCUGUCAGGUUAUAAACUCGUGAAGAGUGUGACUUUAAAAUCCAUUCUUGUGGUUCAAGCCAUGUGUAUGAGGGGAACUCCAACAUACAUGAUUUACAUGUCAGCUGAUGUUAGAAACCAUCAAAUUCUGAAUUCACAUGAUAGUUUUUUACCACUCAUGUUUGCUCAACACAAUCCAUUGUUAAAGUAACUUUGCUUUGGUCUCUUUUUUUAGUUUUAAAGAUUUAUUUGAUUUUUUUAUCACAAAGCCGCUAAUUUGAUUUUGAACAGCUGAGACACAGUCACAAACAGAAUAUAAUAUUCACAUUUACUUUUUCCCUCAUAAACUUUGAGCAAAGUUUCAGAAAACAGAAUUUGCCUCAGAAAAAGACAGGCCGACUCGGCUGCGCCCACAUCACAUAUAGUGUUAAGAAUGAAUAAGUGAGCUACAAAUCAAGAUACUAAUUUUUUAACAGGAUGUGAACAUGAUGACAUGACUCAGGAUACUUUCUCUUUCACUCUGUUUUUACUAACACUGCUGAAAUGUUGUCUAUAUUUAUUGUUGAAAUAUUCUAUAAACUGAAUCUUUGAUUCUUGUGUUCAUGAGUUAUCCUUUGGCAUCAUGUUUGUAGACUGUCCCGGUGUCCCAAAUCAAAACCCAGGGUAUACUUCCCUCUGAACCCUGUGGACCACCGCCACCUACCAGCCUUGUAGCAUCUACUGCUGUGACCCAACCGAAAGAGUUACCCAAAGACACAGCCAAGGUAGACUGUGCUGAAGUUUUGAGGGGUAGCUACUUCUCAAGGCCUUCUUCAGUCAUCCCCCUAUUGAUUUCUUUUGUCAGCUAUUUCUUUGUUGUGCAGUUUCCUCUCUGGCUUUGUUUCUUUCUUGUCUGAGAGUUGUCAGGUACUUGCUUUGGACACUCUUCACUUUGGAAGUUUCUCCAACAACAUCUCACUUUUUUGGCCCUCUCUUUUCUACGUUGGUGACCUGUUGGAAGGGAUAUAAGGAACUUUUGUUCUCAUUGCUGAAGCCCUUUGCUCAGCAUGCCUGCACUUGUUAUUGUAAUGGCAAACAGUGCACACCUGUACCCAUGCAACACCUUACAUACAUCAUCGGUCUGAGUCAGCUAGGGGAAACAAAUGAGGAGAGGUGGAGACUUUGUUGUGUGUCUUCUUGGUUAAUUGCACAACGCCCUCUGACCCCUUCAUGACUGUGUUUAGAGAUGGUGAAGGACUCUUCUAUUUGGUUGGUGUCCCUGAUUUCACUCUUUGGGUGUUUCUGUGCAUGAACUGCACAAGUCUGUGAUACUUGAUAUGUACUUAGGCAGUAAUAGGUGUAAAUUCAUUACAUUUUAGAGUACUACUGCCAUCACAACACUCAGAGCUGAUUUGCCCAGUGCCGACCCUGCUAAAACAACAAAGACAGCAGCAGCUACGACUGCAGCUGCAGCAGCUUCAGCUGCUACGACUGCAGCUGGAAGUGUGUCUGUGCAGGGAAAGAAGGAAGAAGCCAAACCAACACAAACUAAGGUAGACAAUCCUGAGACUUACUUGGGUGGAGGUUUUCUGAUACACUGGUCCUCUGUUAUUUUUUUGACAGACAUGCUGAAUUUAAUGUUUUUUAUUGUGUUGUGGUUGAUAAGAUUUACAUUGUACAGCCAGCGCUUUAUGAGACUUUUCACUGGUGUCAUACUUGGAGUGAAUUUCUUUAGAUUUGAAACUUUAAUCAGGCAUACUUUUUGAAAUAUUCUCAUUUAUAUCAGGAAAAGAGCUGGUUCAUCUUGGGGUGUCAAUUAUGUAAUAACUAUAAUCACACUGAGGAUGUUGUGAAGGUCCGUGCACUGAUUGUGUUUCUGUGCUGCAGGUGCAGGUCGAGGUUCCUCCUAAAGCAGCUGCAGGAGCCAAAGAGGUAAAGACUAACACAAACAGUGUAAAUUAGCUUUAACUAGCAUGUAGCAUGUAGGUGGGUCUGGUGUGCUGAUUCAUGUUGCAUGUGCAGGCACCUGCAGUGGAUCCAUUUGACGCCCUUGCCAACAUACUACCAUCAGUUGAUCCUGUUGUCCGCCCUGAGCCUGUUUACACAGGGCCAGAGGUCACAGAGGUACAGCACAGCUGCAGCAUUAACAUUUGUAUGUAUGUUUAAAGUGAGCUGGUUAUGACUGCAUGGAGCUGAUUUGAGUGACUAUAUGUUGCAUGUAUCACAGCAUGACAUCGUUGUGGAGAAGGGUGCGAAGUGCGGAGAGAGAGACGACACACUGCCUCCAGGGUACAGAUUUGAAGAUAUGGUCAGUUUUACUCUUCUUAAGUGGUAGUUUUGCUUUGCUGGAGUGGAAUUAUCCUUCCGACUAACCUCUGUAUGAACACCUUUAUACUGUGAAGUUUUCUGUCAGGUCUGUUGAUUAUCUAGAUAAAUGUGGAAACUGAAAGUGAGGAACUGCAUGUGUUCAUGUCAAAAUGCCCUACAUGAGAAAAGAGCCAGGAGUGUGGAUCAAAAGUCAGGUCAUAAGGUCAACUGCAAAUAUUUCAUGAUUGCAAAACAACAUAUUUCAUCAGAUGCAAAAAUACCUUAUGGACACUUAAAGCCCCUGUGGGGAACUUUCUGUUUGAGUGAGUUUUGGUGCCCCCUGAAGACAAAGCAGUCUUAGCAUGUUUUGAGUGGUGUAUUUUCACAAAAAGUCUCAUCCUGUGGACAUUUGACGGCCAAAUUUAUAAUUUAUUGUGAGUACUUUACAUGGAAAUUGUAAAACAGCCAGCUGCUUGGCUGACACCUACCCCCUCAUACAGAUUUAAAGCAUUAAAAACACAAGACAAAUGAUCAGUCCUGUCCCUGAUGGUUUUAUUUGCUUUUAGCAAUCAUGAAAAAGCAGCAACAUGUAUUUCAGUCAUAUUCAUUCACUACAAAAAAUCCCAUAAAGACCAAACAUUUAAAAAAAUGAGAAAAUAUAUGAUGACCAUAAACAUUUCACAGAACUUAGAAAUGAUGAAAUGCAAAAGUACCUCACAUAACUAAAAACCACGUUUGAAUCUAGAAGACUUUAUUUGGAUCAAGUUGGUAUACAUCUAGGUCUCAGUUUUGCAAGUUUAGGGAUUUUAAGUCAGCAUAUUUUUUCCACAGAAACUCAUGUUUCAUCUGAGCACAAGUAUUGCAACAUUUUAAAAUUUUUAUCAGCACAACAGGCAGAUAUCUCAAAAGCUAGACUCUAAAAACCAAACAGGGUUCAUUUGUAAUCUGGGGUGACUCAGCCCCCAAGGCUUUUUGCUACUUCCUGAGUUAUUUCAGUGUGUUUGUUUUUCUCCCAGUCUAAAAUGAGUCUGUUCUCUUUCUAGCCUCCUCCUCCUGCAGAUUAUAAGCCCAAGGAUGUUCUGGUAAGUGAACAGUACUUAUAAGUACCGAUAAGAGAGACUUAAAACUCCAAUGCUCUUUAAAAACUUGAUGUCAGCACGAGCACACUCUUAGCUUCACAAACAUUCAGGAAGAAGUGUUUCCACCGUAUGAUCUGCUGCUUCCUCUAGAGUGAGGAAUGUUUCAUUACACUGGUGGGUGUUGUCUCAGCAAACAGCACAGGGUCCACCUUCUCCUUUUCUGGGCUCGCAGGCUCACAUCUGACCAAACCCCAUUGCUCACAUAAUGUUUGUUUGAGCAACGACAUACUCGCAUUUGCUGUGGCAUUAGAGACACUCUCUGAUAUCCACCCAAUUGUAGGUGACUAUUUACUCACUGUUAACACACCCACAUUUGCAUCAUAGUUGACUCCCACUCUGUCAUCUUGUCUUGCAAGCAGCUCUUGAGCUGUGUCUCUCGCUCUCUGUUCACCCAGAGACUUUUCCUCCGGUGUGAGUUUCAAUUUUUAUCCUAUUCUUGCCAAAUCAAAGCAGUUUUAUACCUGUGGAUCUGUAUUUUAAGAGUUUAAUGUUAACUUUUAUGUCUUCAUGGAAUGUGAAGGGAGUGUCUGUACUUUUCCUCCACUGUUGGUACAUGCAGUCUGGUUUGUAUUAUUUUGCCCUUUUGUUUGCUUUUGACGUGGGAGGACACGCCCUCUAGUGGAGGAUCAUAUUCCUGCUCAUCAUUUUAAGUCCUACUUUUCAGAAUAAGUUUAUCACAAGGCUUUAAAAACUGAAUUGUUUCUUGUUGUUUAGUUGUUACCUGAUGCAAACGCCUCCUCUUUUCUAUUUCAGAAACCUCUGAGCACAGACGAGGCCCUGGAUUCUCUUUCAUUGGGAUUCAUGUCUGCAUCUGUCCCAGCUGCACCCAAGAAGCAAGAGGUCAGAGCCUUCAAUAUGUAGCGCUCAGCUGCAAGUCCAUCCUCUCUGCCUGCAUAGCAAAACAAAAGUCCAUAAUAACUCUUUCAGAUCACUGCAGGCAGUAUGACUAAAAAAUUGAAUUCUUGUAUUAAAAUCGAAGGCAUCGUAUUUGAAACAUCUUUCCUCUAAAACAUGCUCCGCUUGUUUUUUAUGAUUCAUUCAGAGAAAGGAUCCUGUUGAAAGCAUCAGUGCUUCCUCUGCGGGCCCAGCUAACUUUGCACCAGCUCCUGGAAAGGUAGUACACUCCUUUUACCGCUCUGCACUUUCCUCAUAGUGAACAGGUGAAUCAUCUUUAGUCAUGUUUCUUUUACAGAAACCUCAAACUCCUGCAGCUGCUCCUUCCACUGACAAAGACAUGCAGAAAGGCUCCGACGAUUUCUCUCUGGAGGCCGGACUUCCUAUGGUACACCACUUUCACACUUCUUUGUCUCUCCUCUUUGCUGGUUACAGCUUUGUGUCAAGAUUUAGAGGUUCAUACCCUCCAUGAAAAACGAUUAUUUUGGAUGAUUUUCCUGUAGCACAAAAGGCUGAAAGGCUUAUCUCUGCUUGAUGUUUUAGAAAGCAGCUCCUCCUAUCGCUGUGUGUAAGUUUCCUCCCCCUGAUAAGAAAGCCAAGAUGGAGACUCGACUGGAUGUAAAAGCAGACAAGUCCAAGCCUGAUAAUGUGAGCGCUACAUGCCUUUCUUCACCUUUCUCUAAUUUUGAACUUGUGGUUGGGUAGAUUAUGAAUUUAUUCUCCUUUUUUUUCACCUCACCUCUUCUCAGUCCGCUCCUAUGCCCAUGGAUGCUCUCAGUGCUCUCGUAGACACGCUGCCAGCUGACGCACCCAAGCCUAAACUCCCAGAACUCAGACCAGAGGACAUUGUCUCAGUAAGAGCAUAAUCGCGAAUAUUCUCUUACUCAGCACAGUGCUGAUACUUCCUCCACCAGAAAAAAAUUGUAUAACAGCAAUUAUUUAUUUUCUCACAGGAGGACAAACACAAGAAGGAGAAGGGUGUGCGUGUGGGAGAGAGAGAUGACACGAUCCAUCCAGACUACAGGUUCAACAAGGCGGAGCUUGAAAAACUGCCUGCACUAAAACCUGAAGUGAGACUGAGACCAAUCAACUGCAGUCUGUCUGUGAGCCAUGUACAAAUGUGAAACAAACUCUGACUGAAUGAUUUGGAUUGAUCUCCCCCUCCUCUUCUUUCUCUGCAGCCCACCAUCGGCACUGGUGAGGCCCUGGACAUUUUGUCUGGAGACUUUGUGACCUCCUCAGCAGCUCCUGCAGUUAAAGCUCCUCCUACACAGGUACAAUUUAUAUCUUUGCAGACAAAAGAUUGAAAAUAAAGCAGAGAGACACAUGAAUUUAUAACACUAGGAUAACUUUCAUAUCUGAUGAUGGUUAUAGAAAGCCUCUGCCGCAACUGUGAGUCCCAAAUCCCCUGCUGAUAAAAAAGCCAAGAAGGAGACUGUGGAAGGUGACUUUUCUCUGGAGGAGGGACUUACUGCUUCUACAGCAACGGUACAGUACACACUUUUUCAGAACAAACAACAAACAAAAAAUUCUACAUAAUCCCCUUUAAAUAAGAUUAAAUAAGUAAAGAUAGUAGAUGGAUUAAAUAAAAACAGAAAUGUAAUAAUUUACACCGCAGUUUAAACCAAUCAGUGCAGAAAAAGACAGCCUGUAUGUUUUCUAAUGUUGGAUUUUAGCAUAACAAUCUGCUGGUCUACAUCUGAAUUUAUGAGUACAUCUGAAACGAACAGAUGGUUGCUCUCUGUCUCAGCAUCGUAAUUCAAUAUGAGCCGCAAUGGAUCCAAAGACUACUUAGAAAUACUGUUAACUCUUUUUUUAAUUAAAUAAGACUUGACCAUAGUCUUUUGUUUUUCCAGAAAGUUGAAUCCAGUGCACUCCCUCCAAUAGCUGUGUGUCCUCCUGGUCCCAUUACUCCCCCUACUGAUCCCAUAGCUGUGUGUCCUCCUGGUCCCAUUGCUCCCCCUACUGAUCGCAUUGCUGUGUGUCCUCCUGGUCCCAUUGCUGUGUGUCCUCCUGGUCCCAUUGCUGUGUGUCCCCCUGGUCCCAUUGAUGUGUGCCUCCCUGGUCCCAUUGAUGUGCGUCCUGAUGGUCCCCUUCCUGUGUGUCUCCCUUGUCCCAUUGAUGUGCGUCCUCCUGGUCCCAUUGCUGUGUGUCCCCCUGGUCCCAUUGAUGUGCGUCCUCCUGGUCCCAUUGCUGUGUGUCCCCCUGGUCCCAUUGCUGUGUGUCCCCCUGGUCCCAUUGAUGUGUGUCCCGCUGGUCCCAUUGAUGUGCGUCCUGAUGGUCCCCUUCCUGUGUGUCUCCCUUGUCCCAUUGAUGUGCGUCCUCCUGGUCCCAUUGCUGUGUGUCCCCCUGGUCCCAUUGAUGUGUGUCCCGCUGGUCCCAUUGAUGUGCGUCCUGAUGGUCCCCUUCCUGUGUGUCUCCCUUGUCCCAUUGAUGUGCGUCCUCCUGGUCCCAUUGCUGUGUGUCCUCCUGGUCCCAUUGCUGUGUGUCCCCCUGGUCCCAUUGAUGUGUGUCCCCCUGGUCCCAUUGAUGUGCGUCCUGAUGGUCCCCUUCCUGUGUGUCUCCCUUGUCCCAUUGAUGUGCGUCCUCCUGGUCCCAUUGCUGUGUGUCCUCCUGGUCCCAUUGCUGUGUGUCCCCCUGGUCCCAUUGAUGUGUGUCCCCCUGGUCCCAUUGAUGUGCGUCCUGAUGGUCCCCUUCCUGUGUGUCUCCCUUGUCCCAUUGAUGUGCGUCCCCCUGGUCCCAUUGUUGUGUGUCCCCCUGGUCCCAUUGAUGUGUGUCCCCCUGGUCCCAUUGAUGUGCGUCCUGAUGGUCCCCUUCCUGUGUGUCUCCCUUGUCCCAUUGAUGUGCGUCCUCCUGGUCCUAUUGAUGUGUGUCCUCCUGGUCCCAUUGCUCUCCCUACUGAUCGCAUUGCUGUGUGUCCUCCUGGUCCCAUUGCUGUGUGUCCUCCUGGUCCCAUUGCUCUCCCUACUGAUCGCAUUGCUGUGUGUCCUCCUGGUCCCAUUGCUGUGUGUCCUCCUGGUCCCAUUGAUGUGCGUCCUGAUGGUCCCCUUCCUGUGUGUCUCCCUUGUCCCAUUGAUGUGUGUCCCGCUGGUCCCAUUGCUGUGUGUCCUCCUGGUCCCAUUGCUGUGUGUCCUCCUGGUCCCAUUGCUCCCUCUACUGAUCGCAUUGCUGUGUGUCCUCCUGGUCCCAUUGAUGUGCUUCCUCCUGGUCCCAUUACUGUGUGUCCUCCUGGUCCCAUUGCUGUGUGUCCUCCUGGUCCCAUUGCUGUGUGUCCUCCUGGACUCAUUGCUCCCCCUCCAAUUGCUGUAUGUCCUACUGGUCCCAUUGCUCUCCCCACUGAUAAGAAAGCUGUAGCAGAGAAAACUGCAGCUGGAAAGGAUGCGACUGGUGGAAUACCAAAGACAGAUCAGGUCGAUCUCUAUUCUCUCUUCCUUCCUCUCCCUUCCGCGUUCUCUCUCUCUCUCUUUUCUUCUCCCUUGCUCUCUUUCUCUCCCCCUGCCCUCUCUCCUACUCCUCUCUCUCUCUCCUUCCCUAUCUCUCUGUAUUCCUCCUCAACUCAGCAGCGGCUUGGUGGCUGUCUUACAUGAGUCUGGUCCUCUCCAAGGUUUCUGCUUGUCAAAAGGAAGUUUUCCUUGCCACUGUCACUCAUGUUAGAUGAGAUGGGCCAAAUCUGUCCCAUCUUAUGGUUGGGUCUUUCUUUCCAUUUGCUUUGUCUUUUUUAAGUCCAGUGACUUAUUUUGAUUUCAUAUCCUCUUUUCAGUCCGCUUCCAUGCCCAUGGAUGCUCUCAGUGCUCUCGUAGACACACUGCCAGCUGACGCACCCAAGCCUAAACUCCCAGAGCUCAGACCAGAGGACAUCGUCUCAGUAAGAGCAUGAACACUUAAAGGCUUUGCCCACAUCUUUUCUUUGUGGACAACCCGAAUGACUGGUGUAUCCUUGGCCCAACGUUUCGGCUUCUCACAUGAUCAUUUCCACCUUUUGUUCUUCGACAGGAGGACAAACGCAAGAAGGAGAAGGGUGUGCUUGUGGGAGAGAGAGAUGACACGAUUCAUCCAGACUACAGGUUCAACAGGGAGGAACUCGAAAAACUGCCUGCACCAAAACCUGAGGUGAGACUGAGACAAAUCAACUGCAGGUCAUCUAUGAGUCAUAUACAAAUGUGAAAUAAACUCUCACUCCCCUCUUCCUUUAGCCCACCAUUGGCACUGGGGAGGCCCUGGAUUUUUUGUCUGGAGACUUUGUGAUCUCCUCCUCAGCAGCUCCUGCUGUCCAGGUAUAAUCAAUCAAUCAAUCAAAUUUUAUUUAUAUAGCGCCAAUUCACAACAGUCGUCAUCUCAAGACGCUUUCCAAGGAACAAGAGCAGGUCUAGACCACGCUCAUUGUUUGAUGAUCAAGAACCAACCUAAGAUGGGUUUUGGCCCAUCUCAACUAACAUGAGUAGCAGUGGCAAGGAAAAACUUCCUUUUAACAGGCAGAACCCUUGGGCAGGACCAGCCUCAUGUUAGACAGCCACCAUGCCGCUGCUGGGUUGGGGAGGAAUGUAGAGAGAAGAGGGGAGAGGACAGGGGGAGAGAGAGAGAGAACAAGAUAAGGGAAGGUGAGAGAGAAUGAGUAAGGAGAGAGAGGGGGAGGGAGGGAGAGUAGAGAACAAGGGUGAGAGAGAGACAGGGGGCAGCAGAAACAACAGCAACAAAGUGUUGAAACUUGAGGGGAAAAAGUGACACUGAUUGAUUGGUGAAAUCGGUGCUACACAUGACGCACUGAAACACUCAAACUGUGGGGCAUCCGUCUGUGAAAUCAGACAAUUAUGCUCAUUUCCUAUAUGAGUGGUAUUUCUGUUUAACUGACACAAUACUGAAAUAAUGAGGCAACAUAUUAUCUUUAUGUAUCUGUGAGCUGUGUUAAAGGAUGCACACUAAGACAUACAAACACUAAGAUGCAUAGUCCUUCUCUGCCCUGUAGAAGACUAUAGACGACAAAGCAGCCCUGGAACAGAAGCGCACUGACAUCUCUGCUAUUCCCAUUUCAAUGACUCCAGUCAUUUGUUAUGCAGCAGAACCAAGUAUUGAAGCACCAAAGCCAGUUUUAGAGCUUGCCCAGGUAAUAUGGGAAUUUCAGGUGAACUUGUGCUUUGGUGGCGGUGGUGCUCAUGAGCCACGCAGCUUUUCCGCGCGUUGUACUAUCGCUAUGCCAGCUGACUCAGCUGACUUCUGCAAGCUUUGAGUGUGUUGAGUCUAAAACCUGCAACAUUUGACUGAAAACAUAUAAAGAAGAGAAAGACAAUUGUUUAGAUUUUUACUCGAGGAGAAUGGACAGAGAUAGUAUCAGGUACAAUCUCAAAACCACUCUGAAGGUAUUUCCGCCCAGUCUCUUUUAUUCAGGGUUGUCCCUGGUUACACAAUGUUACUAAAGGAUGGGGGAAAACUAUGUCCAGCAACAUAAGCACUCUCAUAAAACAUAAUUAUGAACAACAGAAAAUAUGUGAGGGUCAAGGCAACAUUGUUGACAUUAAACAAGCUCCUUCUGAUAGGAGCGGAUCCUCCUCAUUACUUCCCACGAUUCACAGUGGAGGAUACAUCACACACACACACACACCUGCUGAUAGGAGAAACGAGGUCACAGAGAAAUUAAGAAACAUUCAUGUUCUGUGUAGUAGAGCUUUUGGAGAGAGAAGUUAGAAAACACUUAUAUGAUGUGUAACAAGAGGUUAAAACAGUCCAUACUUGUAGCAAACUCUUACAUAAGAAUUUGAGUAAGAUGAUAACUUCUAUAUACAUUUAUACACAUUAUUCUGACAGAGUGUAACACACAGAUGCAGUUUUAGCGAUGAUCUUCUUAGACUAAAUAUUUACAGUAAAUCAGCUUUGCUUUUAAAGCCUUUGAAAAACCAAAUUUUACCUCCUUUUGCAGACAAAAUCUAAUUCAAGCUGAUGUUUCUGUUUCAUAGAGCAAGGUGGAGGAUAUGUCGGCUCUGGAUGUGCUUUCUGGAGACUUUGUUGCUCCAGCCAAAGCUUCAGGACUCCAGGCUUCCGUCAGUGCUCCUACCAAGUCCACACCAGAGGUAAAUCCAUUUCGGUGUGAAUUUUUUUCGUGCUUUUGUAUUUUUGUCCAACAUUUUGUCCUCUUAAAAUAUGAGUGUCUUUACCGGGCUUAUAGAGGAUUGAUUUUUUUAUGGCUGCGUGUGCAUUUUCUUGUGUUGUGUAUCUGCAAUUAUUUUAAGUUCUCACCUGUGGGUCCCUGUGUCUGCAGAGAACAGUUUGUCCAGAGAAACCCAAUGUUGCCGUCCUCCCUGGACAAGCAAAACCCAAGACCGAGAAGGUAAGUACAAAAAAAAAAAAAAAUCAUUUUAACUGUUUAUUUUAAUUCUUGAUCAAGAAUUGUGUGGUUGUAAAGUUUCACAGUUGCAUAUUUUGCUUCUGCUCCAUUGUAGCUUCUCUCUAGCCUGUGUUGAUUGGUAAAACUUUGAGGGUUAAAUGAUGUAAUCCCUCUCUUGUUCUCUCUUGUUUUCUCCUCAGGCUGACCCCAUGUCUCUUGAUGCUCUCAGUGCUCUUAGCAGCACAUUACCAGCUGAUGCACCCAAACCUGAUCUCCCAAAACUAAGACCAGAGGACAUUGUCUCAGUAUGUCACAUGUCCACUCAUAAAAUGCUCACACAUGAAGCUGACAUUGUUGCAGAGAGUUAGCCCACAAACCUUUUGUAGAUGCACAAUUUUCCUCUUCUGUGAUUUUGAAGUAUGCUGAUUUGUCAUAGGGUUUUUUUGGGGAAAUAGAGCCUGCCUAUUUAUGUCUAAUUUUCUUUUUUCCUCAUGUCACAGGAGGACAAACACAAGAAGAAGAAGGGUGUGCGUGUAGGAGAGAGAGACGACACGAUCCAUCCAGACUACAGGUUCAACAGGGAGGAACUCGAAAAACUGCCUGCACCAAAACCUGAGGUGAGACUGAGACAGAUUACUGUCAGACUGUUCAUCUUAAACCUUGAGUAUGUCCAUCUCUUACAGUUAUCCAUAAGAUAUAAACACUUACGUUGUGUGAUAAUGACAUAUUGAUCCCUCUUUCUUCUCCUCCUUGCAGCCCACUAUUGGCACUGGUGAGGCUCUGGACAUUUUGUCUGGAGACUUUGUGACCUCCUCCGCAGCUCCUGCUGUCCAGGCUCCUAUUUUCCAGGCUCCUGUUGUCACUCCCUCAGCUCCUCCUGCCCAGGUACAUAAAAAAGAUAACCAAACUGCUAGCCGUUGCUGUGAAUUAUACCUGCACCUGUAUUUUUCAGUGGAAAAGUCAUUUAGAUGUUAAAAAAGCAAAAGCUUCAGUGCUUAUCUGAUGUUUUUAUCUACUAUUUUUCUUUGUUUCUGACAGCCAUCUGCAGACUUUGAUCUGAAUGCCCUAGCAGGAGAAAUUGUUACCUCUUCUGCUGCUACAGCUGUGCAGUCAGCCGCUUCACUUCCCACAGAGGCUGACCCGACGGUAACCACACAUCUCAAACUACUUUUGAGCUUUUUACAUCUAAUGAAUCCCUGCAGUUAGAUCAGCAUCUCUGUUUGUGUUUGUGCUCUCAGCUGUUUGCAGGAGAUAACAACGCCCUGGAUGCUCUGUCAGACACCUUGAAGGAUAUCAAACCUGCUCCCCAGCCUGUUCCAGUUCCUGUCAAAGACGUAGUCAAGGUAACCUCUGCCAGUGCUGCCUCCAUCCUCAAACUAGCAUGAGAGAAAAUCCUUAUUUUCAGAGCGCUCAGACAAAUGUUCACCCCUCGCUUCAGCUGCUUUGGUUUAUGGUUGUUGCAGGAGAAGAAGGUGGUUGAGGAGAAGCUGAUAAAGAUGGGCGAGAGAGACGACUCACUGCCUCCAGAAUUCAGACCCACUGAGGAAGAUCUGAAGGUGAACUGAACUACUCCAAGGAUAUACCUAUUUGAAGUAUUACUUUAGCAGUAGUAGUAGCUUCACCGUGUCUAAUUUUUUUUUCAUAGAAAAUGGAAGAAGAAAAGGCCAAAGCAGCUGCAGCACCCAAGGAGGUAAAGAUGCAAACACACUCUCAUAGACUGUAUCUGGGAGCAGUAUUCAAUGCUAUACUCUGCAUACUUCCUCUGUGGGUCAUGCACAUAGUUUGACUCUUUAACCUCCUCUGUCUCUCCGUAGAAUCCCAUGGACGACAAAACAGCCCUGGACCUGCUGUCCAGUGACUUCUCUUUUGCUCCUCAGCCAAAGGUACCGGUCAUAUGUCAUGGAGCUGAAUCAAAGAAGAUGGAAGCUCCUGUGCUGGAAUCAGAGCCCCAGAAGGUAGAGCAGAAAUUAACUGUGAAGGGAAAAACAAUCAAAAGAAUAUUUAAGUCCCAGCUUAUGAUUCUUGUGCAUUCCUGCCAUGUACUUCUUAGAGUCCACUUAAAUGAUAGAACAAGUUUCAAUGCUGAAGUUGCUUUCUUCAAAUUAAAAGUUUAACAAGGUGCAAGCGUGGUAAUCAACACUCAGCAGCAAAUGUAACUGUUGCGUAUGAAAGCUGCAAUGUUUUAGUUUUUGGCUCUAACUGCACCACUGUCUAAAACUGAUUUUUGAUUAUUUUAACCUCAUCUAUGCAUAUUAUUAUCCUUUCAUUUUUUCCAGCCUAUGCCUGGUGCUGUCCUUAAGUCCAUGGCCAGCCCCCUGGUCCCAGAUGACCCUGUGUCUCAAACUAAGCCAGACAAACCGAAGGUAAAAUUAUCUUCAUGAGAGUGGGAUAUGAGCGGACUCCAGCAGAUUGCAUUAUUUGGGAAUUUUGGACAAAAUCUGGACAUAAAUUUAUCAAUUAUUUGUCUUACUGAAUGAUCCAAAUUUAAAAGCAGUCGCUCUUAAUCUUAUUCAUCAUGAUUUAUGAUCGUGUAGUGUUCAAACUACGAAAAUUGUGACUCUACAGUCACCUGUUUCUGUGUACAAUCAUCUCUGAUCAUCUCAGUGAUAGACCUUUCAGUUCAAACUAAAAGCAUUUUGGAAAUCAUCUACAAUUUGAAUAAGAGUUUUAAUUGGAAGUUUCCAUAAAGGAGUUGGCAUAUUAAUUUUCCUUUUUCCUCAUACACCUUUUGCUUUGACGUUUGAAAACCACAGGCCUCGAUCUAAAUCUUUUGAAGCCUGGCAUCUUGUGUAAAACCUACUAUUGGCUAAUGGCACCUUACAAUAAGGUACAUGAUGUUCAAAAUUUUCAUUGUUGGAUGGCGCCCCCUGUUGGCCACUUAAAAGCACUAAGUGUACCGGUGGUCUCCUCCUCAUGGAUCAAAAAUCUGCUCCGGUCCCUAACCAAAAUGUCAAAUUUGUUCCAGGGCAAGCACAAGUCAAAGUCAAGGUCUAAAGUAAGCAAACUGCCUGCUGCAUGAAGACCUCAAUCAAUCAGAUAUGUACAAUGAUCAACUAUGACUGCAUCUGUGUGGUUAAGAUUAAACACACACACAUUGCUUCAAGGAGAGAAAGUGAAAAAGCUGCAUGGGAAGCACUCUUCUACUUCUGUUUCAUUGAUUUUUUUCAGUGGAAAUCACCUUAAAUUUGAAAUGAUCAUGCAUGUGAAGGUGGGGCUGCUUCUUUCUUUGCAUUUAUCUUUUAUUUUUGAAAAUUAACCCUGUAUUUUAGAAACACCGAGGAGCAGAGGAUCCAUCUGCAUCUGACCAUCUCCCUGCUCAGCCAAGCUCAGAUGUUGUGACCACAUCUUCAAAGAAAGGAAGCAGGAGAUAGAUCACUCAGUAAGGUUUGUUCUCCACUUGUGGUUUUUUUCUACCCGGUGAAGCUGUACCAUGCUCAACAUGAAUCAGAUCAACACCCACGUCUUUGAACUGACAGCUGGAUGUGUCGUUUGUUGCAGGUUGUUGGUGCAAAUCGUCCUUGUCGCCAAAGGGAUGCAUUAUUGAGAGAGCUGCUCGCUGGAUAAUGUUUCUAUUUUUCUAAAACAUCAAGAAUGUAUACUGGAUGAAAGAAAAAACACACACAAACCAAUGACGUUUAAAACACACACACACAUACACACACACACACACACACACACACACACACACGAACAUGCAAAAACACAUCUGAGUGUGGCGCCUUUUUGCUGGGUGAAGCUUGUAUUUAAGGAUGAGAAAAUUUUGAUUUUUAACAAGAAACAAUAAAAGAAUUUAAAGACAAGUUGGAGGUAGAGGAAUGAGUGAAGAAUAGACUGAGAAAGGGAGGAAACAGCGGGGAAAAUGAAAGGUUAGAGACAGUUUGUUGGUUGGUGUAUUAAGCGUGCUGAGGGAAGGAAGACGAUGCUCAUUGGAGUCUUGUAUGACCACCUCAGCUGACAGUUUCUACUUUUCCAACAACAUCCAAAAGGAGAACAGACCCCCUAACUAAGCCUGGUGGUGUUGUCAGGUUGGAGAGGUUGCGACUGUCAGCUAAAGUGGGAGCAGCACAGAGUGGGUGUUACGUAUCGGGAUGUUUGUGCAAUCUUGAUGUACACAGAAAAUCCAACUUUUCUUUUGUGAUGUGGGGAGAUGCCAUUGAGACACUAGUGUACAGCUUAGUUUGCUUUUUGGACAACACAUAGUUUACGUUUCUGAUAAUGUGGAGGAUUUCCAGGAGGUGUUCUGCUUCAAUCUGUACUCGAGAGCUUCUUGCAAAUGCCUUAUACUUUCUAAGGGUCUUUUGUAUGUAUUUGGCCUUGUAAAAAAAAUACUGGUGUCCUAAAGUGCACUUGGUAAACAACGGCUUUUACAGACUUUGUAAACUGCCCUUGUUUGUAUACUGUAAAAAAAAAAAGAUUUUUGCUCUACCUGAACACUGUAUACUUUGCAAAGGGCUUUCAUAUGUAAAGUCAAAAAUCACUUUUUCAAUUUUUUUUUCAUGUCAAGGUUUUGUGUGGGUGUGAGUCAAGAUAUGAGAGAUGUGGGAGUACUAAUUGAAUAAAAAGAAUUUAAAAGUCAGUGC